AUGGAAGCCUGGGACAAUCUUGGUAACCCACCUCAAGAAAACCUUAGAGCGGCUCAAAUUCAAGGAAUCAGCAGAAGAAUGAUGGGAAUGGUACGGAUCAUAUCUAAGCUUCCAACGUAUAGGAGAAGGUUCAGGCAAGUGGUUAAGGCUCUGAUAACGUAUUGGUUAGAGAAAAGGCAAAAACGCUAUCCGAUCAACAAAACCUCUUCUCCAUCUCUGCAGCCAAGAGUAUUCUCUUUCUUUCUUGGCAAAAACGCUAUCCGAUCAACAAAACCUCUUCUCCAUCUCCUUCGCAUCGACUUAGGAAGAAGGCAUGUUUCAAUGCAACUAUCAAGAACCUUUUUCGGACUGACCAAUCUUCUGUUUAAUAGAGACAAAGGUGAAGUCAUUGAUGGCAAGAGAAAACGUCUUAAACCAGUAAACGUAUCUCCUCGCCGCCCUGUCCCUGCUCAUAUAACCAAGCCUCCUUAUGUUGAGGCUUUUACAGUCCCUGCAAUCUCAAGUGGACUCCAGAUUCAUGACAAGAAAGGUAUAGAGAGCAUGAGAGCUUCUGGGAGUCUUGCAGCUAGAGUUCGUGAGUACGCUGGGACUUUGGUUAAGGUAGUGUGUUGGGUUAUCAUGGUGAUACUUCAGCAUGACUUGACUCUUCUUCAAACAGGGAACAAUGUAGCUGGACGCAUGGUGUUGAAUCAAACCUUCACCAUAGAACCGGUGCUUACCAUUGGAAGCAUAAAACCGGUAAUUUGGGAUGAUAAGUGGACCAUGGUUACGGAAGAUGCAAGCCUCUCUGCGCAGUUGGAGCAUAACCAUUCUUAUAACCAAACAAGGAGCUGA